GCAGCCUCCCCCCUGCUUCGUCUUUUCUCACUGUUGCGUUGUUCUCAUCAGCGAUCCCUUCCCUUCCAUUACUUUCUUCUUUCCUCUUCUCUUCGUCCUAACUCUCUACGUCCAUUUCUUGCAAAUAUUCAUCAGAGUUUGAUGGAUCUCAAAUUGAUGGGGUGGUUGUAAGUGAGAUUAGCAGGAGGGAUAAUGAAUUAAUUGCCAUGCAGAUCUACUACCGUCGGGUUACUUCGCAGAUCCAGUUAUCACUGAAUUGCAUCUUUUAUCGCACUAUCAACUAGUGUGGUGCUUGCGUAAAAGGCGCUAUCAGCUUACUGAUAUAGAGGCUUUUGGUCCUUUCAGUUAAGUUGGUACCGUCUUUGCAAAUAUGCCAUAUUAUAUACAGAGGCUUUAUAAUACUUGCAGAGCGUCAUUCUCGCCCAAUGGCCCUGUUUCUGAUGAAGCUCUUGAAAAAGUCCGUACUAUGCUAGAGAAAAUGAAGCCUUCUGAUGUAGGUCUGGAACAGGAGGCACAGGUGGUACGUAAUUGGUCUGGUCCUGUAAAUGAGCGGAAUGGAACCCAUCAGUCAUUGCCGCCAAUUAAGUAUCUGCACUUGCAUGAGUGCGACAGCUUCUCUAUAGGAAUUUUUUGUAUGCCACCUUCCUCUAUGAUACCUUUGCACAAUCAUCCAGGAAUGACAGUGCUGAGCAGGCUUAUCUACGGCUCAUUACACGUAAAGUCAUAUGAUUGGCUUGACCCAACAGAUCCUAAAGAUCCACUACAAGCAAGAGCUGCAAAGCUUGUUAAGGAUACUGAGAUGACAGCUCCUUCUGCAACAACAGUACUUUAUCCCACAAGUGGAGGCAACAUUCAUUGUUUCAGGGCACGGACUCCCUGUGCCAUUUUUGAUAUUUUAUCUCCACCUUACUCUUCGGAGCAUGGACGACACUGCACUUACUUCCGGAGGUCCCCAAGGAGGGAUUUACCUGGCGAGAUUGAAAUGAAUGGAGAGACGUUCUCGGAAGUGACUUGGUUGGAAGAGUUUCAGCCCCCUGACAACUUUGUGAUUCGUAGAGGGCUGUACAAGGGUCCUGUUAUUCGAACUUGAAAUAUUCUGGUACCAUCCAUCGAACUUAUAUUCUAAUAUGAAAAUUGGGCCAUAAUAAUAAGACACAAGCAUGGGGGCUGUAGAAGUUAGGCAUUUGGGGUUGUACAUAUUACUACACCAAUGUAAUCCUGUGAUUUUACUGACCUCACAUUUUAUUAGUGGGAUAGAGUGGAAGUUGAGAGGAACUUUGCGCUUAAUGACUUUUGUUCUUUUCGAUUUUGUUUGUUGAAUGACAAUGGGGGAGUUCAUUAUUA